AUGACAGACACCGGCCCAUCUGAAGUGUCAAAGAAUAGAAGUCCUGCAAGAGUUCAACUGGACCCAUCACUUGUUAAGGAAAACAGCAAACCAGACCAAACUGGACAAGUUUUCAACAUUUGGUAUAACAAAUGGACUGGUGGCGAAAAUAAUGGCCGUCGGGGAAUCACACAUGCGAAACAUAGAUGUAAUGUAGUUCUUGAUAGCGGCUAUACUAGAGCUGACAAACAUGCAAGAGAGGGUGAAAUCAAUAGAACACAUUACAUAUGCUUGUAUUUUGCUAGAGGAUAUUGUUGCAAUGGAAAAAACUGUGACUAUCUCCAUAGGAUUCCCAAUGAGUUAGAUAUAUUUUCGCCAACAGUCGAUUGCUUUGGUAGAGAAAGAUUCAUGGACUAUAGAGACGAUAUGUCUGGUAUUGGAUCAUUUGGGAGGGUUAACAAAACACUGUUUGUCAGUAGAUUAUCAACCACUACAAGCGAUAUGACCAAAAGGAUCACCAAAGCUUUUCAAGAAUUCGGUGAAUUAACAAACGUCAGGUACAUUAAAGACAAGAAUAUAGCUUUUGUGACUUAUAAAUUGGAGAGCCAGGCGCAAUUUGCCAAGGAAGCCAUGUACUGCCAAAGCUUAACCCCGGGUAACGAAAAUGAGACAAUAGAUAUACGAUGGGCAAAUGAGGACCAAAGCGUUGGUGCAAAGAGAAGAAGAAUUGAAAAAGAAGAAGAGAUGUCUAUGGAGGCUGCCAGAAAACUUCUACAAAAGUUGAAGGAGAAUAAUUCUCAAAGGAAGAACACCACCAUUGUUACCACUAAUGAAGAACCUGGCGUUAAAGACACCAAACCACAGAUAGAUUUGGAACUUAAGGGUAUAAACAUUGAGGCUCUGCAGAGGCUGAAAAGGCUAAGACAAGAACAGAAGCCUUCGACCCUUUACACUGGUUAUUCAAGCAGUGACUCAGAGAGUUAA